AUGUUCCCGUGCUCGAGUGCACGCGUCGCCCCUACUCCGUCGUACAUCUCGGGCCUCACUCCCUGUGCGCGAAGCUUACAGCGACCUGUUACUUCGCCGCGUCAGGGAGGGAGGAGUGGGCUGCUGCAGGUGGUGGCGCGGAGCAACAAGGGGCCCAGCCGUUUGAUGUGGAGCGGUGUUGGGACCACCCGGUGCCAUGUGAGCCGCACAGUCUUCCCAGUGCGCCGCCUGCUGCCCCUGCGCUCUGCCCCGGGCGACAACCCAGGCAUCACUGCAAGGGACGAUGCACCCCUGAUUUUCAACGAAGUGGAAUACUCUCCCGACGGGCUGGCAGUGCUCAAGCACGACCCCCUGCUGGCGUCUCACGAGCCUCAUCUGCGCUACCGCUACGCCCAGUUCCUCAAGCUGAAACGAGCUCUGGAGCAGCACGAGGGGGGGCUGGAGCAGUUCUCCCGAGGGUAUGAGACAAUGGGUUUCACACGGGAGAAGGAUGCCAUAGUCUACCGCGAGUGGGCUCCUGCUGCCACUGCGGCCCAGCUAGUGGGGGACUUCAACGGGUGGAACGGUGAGUCCUGCUGGAUGGAGCGCAAUCACUUUGGCGUGUGGUCCGUGCGGCUACCAGACAGGGACGGCCGGCCGGCAAUCCCGCACGGAUCGCGGGUGAAGAUCCGCCUGCAGAGGGGGGACGGCGGGUGGGUGGAGCGCAUCCCUGCGUGGAUCAAAUGGGCGACGGCUGAGCCGGGGAAGAUGGGCGUGUGCUACGAUGGCAUCUACUGGGACCCCCCGGCUAAUGAGAGGUACCAGUUCAAGUGCCCGCGUCCCCCCAAGCCGCUCGCUCCGCGCAUCUAUGAGGCGCAUGUAGGAAUGAGCUCGGAGGAGCCUCGAGUGUCCUCCUACGUGGAAUUCGCCAAUUCCGUUCUCCCACGCAUCAAGGCCGCCGGUUACAACACCAUCCAGCUCAUGGCCGUCGCAGAGCACUCCUACUACGCCUCCUUCGGUUACCACGUUACCAACUUCUUCGCCGUCAGCUCCCGCUCCGGCACCCCCGAGGAUCUCAAGUACCUGGUAGACACCGCGCAUUCCCUCGGGAUUCGCGUUCUCAUGGAUUUGAUUCACUCCCACGCGAGCAACAACGUUUCGGACGGGCUGAAUGGGUUCGAUUUCGGGCAGUCGGCAGCCGAUUCGUAUUUUCAUACAGGCGAGCGCGGGUAUCACAAGCUGUGGGACAGCCGGUGCUUUAACUACGCCAACUGGGAGGUGCUGCGGUUUCUUUUCUCCAACCUCCGGUACUGGCUGGAAGAGUUUCAGUUCGACGGGUUUCGCUUCGACGGGGUCACUUCCAUGCUGUACCACCACCGGGGGAUCGGAAUGUCUUUUUCCGGAGAGUAUCACGAGUAUUUCUCGACUUCUACGGAUGUCGAUGCGGUGGUGUAUCUCAUGCUCGCGAAUGAUUUGAUUCACGGGGUGAGGCCCGAUGCGACGACGAUCGCGGAGGAUGUUUCGGGCAUGCCGACGCUGGGACUGCCGGUGCCGAUUGGAGGGGUGGGGUUUGAUUACCGGCUGGCCAUGGCGAUUCCGGACCGUUGGAUCGAGUAUUUGAAGGACCGGCGGGACGAGGAGUGGAGCAUGCGGGAGAUUGUGCACACCCUGACCAACCGAAGAUACACGGAGAAGUGUGUCGCUUAUGCGGAGAGCCACGACCAGUCCAUGGUGGGAGACAAGUCCUUCGCCUUCCUGCUAAUGGAUUCAGACAUGUACUUCCACAUGUCCGUGCUCGAGAAGCCAACCCCUGCUGUGGAGAGGGGCGUUGCUUUGCACAAGAUGAUUCAUUUCAUCACCAUGGCUCUGGGAGGCGAUGGCUACCUCAACUUCAUGGGCAAUGAGUUCGGGCAUCCCGAGUGGCUGGAUUUCCCUCGCGAGGGCAACAACUGGAGCUACGACCGCUGCCGGCGGAUGUGGCACCUGAGGGAUGACAAGCUGCUGCGCUACCAGCACAUGAAUCGGUUCGACCAGGCAAUGAACGCUCUAGAUGAGAAGUAUCACUUCCUUGCCGCGGACCAUCAGAUCGUGUCCAGUGCCGAUGAGAAGGACCGGGUGAUUGUGUUUGAGAGGGGCGAUCUGCUCUUUGUCUUCAACUUCCAUCCCACCAACACCUACGAGGGCUACAAGGUGGGGUGCAAGGAGCCUGGCAAGUGGCGGGUGGUGCUUGACAGCGACGCUAUUGAAUUCGGGGGCCAGGGACGGGUAGGCCAUGACGUGGACCACUUCACAUCGCCCGAGGGCAUUCCGGGCCGCCCGGAAACAAACUUCAACAACCGCUGCUGCUCUCUCCUCGUUCUCUCGCCAUCUAGAACAUGCCAGGUGUAUGCACGAGUAAAGGAGGAUGAACCUCCUGCCACUUUACCUCCUGCAAAGAGUGCCCUGAAAAUCGGCGCGGCACUGACCACAUGUGCGUCAACCACAGGAGACAUGGUGCUGGCGACAGAGAGGCUCAAGCUGGAGCUGGUUACCACCGUGCGCCGCCAGCAGCUGGUCGCAGCCUUCCUCAGGAGCUACCAGCUCUCACCACAGGAGGUGCAAGCACUGCGAGAGGACGAGAUCAGUGAGAAGUUCUUUGAGGCACUCAACCGAGUGCAUGAGAUUCAUGCCAACUGCAAGCUGCUGCUGCGCACUCACCACCAGAGGGCGGGAUUGGAGCUGAUGGAUCUGAUGGCCGUGUACCAAGAGGGAGCGUAUGAGAGGCUUUGCAGGUGGGUGCAGGCGGAGUGUCGCAGCCUGGGGGACAGCGAUGGGGAUACGCCUGAAGUGGGCCCUCUGUUGCGCACGGCAGCACAUUGCCUCAAGGACCGACCCGUUCUCUUCCGCUACUGCACAGAGGAGGUGGCCAACACGCGCCACAACGCACUCUUCCGACGCUUCAUCGCUGCUCUCACGCGUGGCGGGCCGGGUGGCAUGCCUCGUCCCAUUGAGGUGCAUGCGCAUGACCCGCUGCGAUACGUUGGCGACAUGCUGGCGUGGCUACACCAGGCACUGGCCUCAGAGAAAGAACUAGCCGCAGCUCUAUUCGCCAGCACAGAUAAACCAUCUUCCACGUCAGCAGAAUCAGGACCGUCAGGGGGGGACGGAUCAGGAGAGGGGGGGGCAAAGGCUGGGGGGGUAGAUGCUGACGUGGCAGCAGUGCUGGACCGCGUGUUUGAGGGCGUGUGCCGGCCGUUCAAAGUGCGUGUGGAGCAGGUGCUGACGGGGCAGCCGGGGCUGGUGCUGUGCUACAAGCUAUCCAGCCUGCUUUCCUUCUACUGCCAUACGGUGGCUGAGCUGCUGGGCGAACAAGCAGCGCUGUGUGUUGUUUUAAAGGACCUCAGUGAGGCAGCAGGGAGGGCGUUCCUCGACGCAGUCAAGCUCAGGGGCGACCGUGUGCUGCGCUUCCCCCCGGCAGUGCCCUCCGACCUCUCCCCCCCGCCUCUGGUGGGCGAGGGAGUGGCGGUGGUGUUGGAGCUGCUGCAGGCGCAUGCCAGCAUGAUGGUCCCCGCUGGUGCUGCCAAACCCGACUUCUUACCUGUCGCCGCUGCGCUGCUAGACCCCCUUGUGGAGUUGUGCACGCGGGCAGCACAGGCCCUCACAGCAAAGGCCGUGACUGCUCUCGCCUCGGGCUCCUCGUCUCUCCCUCGCCGCGCCUCUGCCUCUGCAUCCAUGUCUGCCUCAGCAGGGGGGGAGAGUGGCCCGCUAGGAAGAAGGGGGUCUUUGCCACUGGGCAGGCGCGCCACUGAGGGGGAGGCCGAUGGGGCUGAGAACACGGCGGUGGCAGUCGCGCGGCACAUAUUCCUCGCCAACUGCCUCGCCGCGCUACACGCGCCCCUCGCGCCCUUCCCAGUGCUGGAGCCCUACUCCCAGGGGCUGGCAGGUGCAUUGUCCGAACAUGUCACAGCCAUGGUGCAGCUCGAGGUGGCAGCCAUUCUCGACCACUGCAUGCUCUCUCCCAUCCUCCGCCUCAUCGCUCAAAUCAACCAGGCCUCCCAACAGCAACAACAACAGCAACAACAGCAGCAGGAAGGGGCAGAGGUAUCAGCAGCAGGAGCAGCAAACACCUCCCCACAGUACCUGCCCCUGGCGCAGUUCCCAGAGGCGUCUCCCUCUGCGGUGGCGGAAUCCCUGCAGAGGCUCUUUGCGCUGCUGGCAGGGGCGGAGGGGCGCCUGCCAGAGUUUGAGGCGCUGGGCGUGGCGAAGCUGAGGGCGCAGGCGGCUGGGCUGGUGGCGGGGGCGCUGGCAGAUGCGUAUGCAGCGGUGUAUGAGGCGGUGUGUGAUGGAAGGAACCAGUAUCCUGAUGCUGGGGGGCUGUUGCGGCAUACCCUGAGCACAUGCGCACAAUUCUUGGGAUUUGAGACGUGUUUGCUAGGUGUUGAUUGGGUGGUGUUGGGUCUGGGGGAACUGGGACUGAUUGGGUUGGGAGUGCCUGGGUUUGAGGCGCUGGGAGAGGCGAAGCUGAGGGCGCAGGCUGCAGGGCUGGUGGCGGGGGCGCUGGCAGAUGCGUAUGCAGCGGUGUAUGAGGCGUUUGAAGCGCUGGGAGUGGCGAAGAUGAGGGCGCAGGCUGCAGGGCUGGUGGCGGGGGCGCUGGCAGAUGCGUAUGCAGCAGUGUAUGUGGCGGUUUGUGAUGCGCGGAACCAGUAUCCUGAUGCUGGGGGGCUGUUGAGGCAUACACCCGAGCACAUGCGCACGAUCCUGGGGAUUUGA